AUUUUCCAAUUAAUUAAUUAAUUAAUUAUCAUACACUUUUUAUUUCUUAAAAAAAAAACCAUCACACACAAACACACACACUCUCUCUUCCUUUUAGCUUCAUCACUCUUCCAAACUCAGCUCUUCACUCGUUCCAUCAUAUGUAUUAAGCAAGAAGAGAGAGUGAAUAUAAUAUAUAUUACCAUGAUGGAUAAUGAUCUGUACAACCUCGGCGGGUACUCAGAGCAAUCGUCAAUGGCGCCGCCUCAUGGGAUGGUUUCUCCGGUGGCCGAUGAUUAUAACUUGUUGAACAGUACUACUACUACUACUACUGGUUUCGACGAUCACGAUAGGGUUCAUCACACUUUCGGAUCCGACUCUAUCUUUCCAGCUCCACCGUCGGCGGAUUCCGACGCCGCUUCAAUGGCCCCGACGUCCGACGAUUUUUCGUCUGAAAUCAGAGCUAAAAUUGCCUCUCAUCCUCUCUACCCCAAGCUUCUAGAAGCUUACAUCGAUUGCCGAAAGGUGGGAGCGCCACCAGAAUUGGCAAGUUCGUUAGAUGAAAUUCGGCGAGAAAGUGAAGUAGUAACGACCGUUUCGACUUUUGUCGUUUCGGAUCCCGAGCUCGAUGAGUUCAUGGAAAGUUACUGUGAUAUACUGGUGAAAUACAAAUCGGAUCUAUCAAGGCCGUUUGAUGAAGCAACUAGCUUUUUGAACGAGAUGCAAGCCCAGCUCAACUCUCUCAGUUGCAGUACUAGUACUACUACUACUUCAACCAGCUAUGUUUCAGAUGCAGAAGGUGGUGGUGGUUCGUCAGAGGAGGAGGAGGAGCAUGAGGUUAGUGGUGGUGGUGGUGGUGGAGGAGAAAUGGAGGGUCUACGGAUGAUCACACAAGAAGAUCGUGAGCUAAAGGAGAAGCUCUUGCGAAAAUACAGUGGUUAUAUAAGCACUCUCAAGCUCGAGUUUUCUAAGAAAAAGAAGAAAGGGAAACUACCCAAGCAAGCUCGCCAAACCCUCCUUGACUGGUGGACACUGCACUAUAGAUGGCCUUACCCAACGGAAACGGAUAAGAUUCAAUUGGCUGAAUUGACGGGGUUGGAUCAGAAGCAAAUAAACAACUGGUUCAUCAAUCAGAGGAAGCGCCAUUGGAAGCCUCCGGAGAAUAUGCAAGUAGCUAUGAUGGAGGCACAUUCUAUGUAUGCCUCAUCCAUAUGCCAUAAUCAAUAAUUAAUUGUUUCAUUUUUUUAUAUUUAAUUACAUCUACUGUAUAUCCUCAAAUUCUAAACCUUCAAUUUUAUUUUUCCUAGUUAUUAUGUCCAAACUCUUAUCUAUUAAUUCAUAUAUAUGUGUAAAUUUAUCUGGCGUGAGUUGAUAUUUUGUAUCAGUUAAUUGUAUAUUUGUUGUUC